AUGCUGAUGCAGGUGCUGCUGGUGGCGUCGGCGGUGGCGGCGUUCCUGGUCGGGUACGCGAUGGCCGACUUCCAGCUGAUGCUGCUCGUCUACGCCGGCGGGGUUGUCCUCACGGCGCUCGUCACCGUCCCCAACUGGCCGUUCUUCAACCGGCACCCGCUCAAGUGGCUCGACGCCGCCGAGGCUGAUCGCCACCCCCGCCCGCAGAUCAGCAGCGCACCAGCGACGACCGGGGUCAUCAUGAUGUUCAAGAAUACCAUGCAUGAUGGAGCUUUUGUGCGUUCUGAGUUCAUCAUUAACCUGUUGUUAAUGGUCAACGUUGCAACUGGAAAAUAUUGGUCGUCCCUAGUUAGUUUCUUUGUCUAA